AUGUCCGACAAUAGGCGGCAGCAUUACCAUCGAGACAACCACAAUCAACACCAACGAUGGGAAAGUCCUCGAGGCGAUCGACCUCCUUCUCGUCCUCGUCGUGGUCAGUGGGGCAAUCAUUUUAAUCCUAAUGAUGGUCGAUAUAAUGAUGGUCCUCCUCUUCAUGAUCCUCCUCGUGUUAGCUCGGAAGGUCUUCUUCCUGGUCGAUGGGAGGCACCUUCUCAUUCGUCAAGCGGACGGGAGGACUCGUCACGUGGUCGACAUCAUGAUGAUCGUCCUCCUCGUAGUGGCCUGGAAAGUCUUCCUCCUGGUCGAUGGGAGCAUCCUCCCAAUCAUUCUUCAAGUGCAAACCAUCCUCUUGACGGAAGCAGCGAUACAAGAGCUUCCGGACGGCAACCAGAAUCAGAUCGCAACAAUGCUCACGAAUUGAGAUCUCAACCAGAACGCGCACUGUCCGAACAUGAUCGGAGUGAUGAAGCCAGACGAAACGAUUCCAUAGACUUCACAGUUCUGUUUGUUGCCAUCGACAACCCAGUCCCAACCAGCAACUGGACCGUUUCCAAGAGUCAGCCACUGGAGAUGGCAUUGAUGGCAAAGGCAGAUUUGGAAACUGUCAAAACUAGAUAUGAAUUGUAUCCGGAAGCCUUGACUGAACAACUAUUUGCCAACGUCCUCAAAUGUGGAGCCAAGCCAGGAGUGGUUGGUUUUCUUGCCAAGCAACGUCCUGCCUUGAUUGAUGAAAGGGCACUUGAACUGGCAGUGGCUCAAGGACCAGGACCCGAUAGACCCACCGAAAGUGAAAUCAUUGCCCUCGCCGAAAUCAAUCCAGAACUGCUGGUGCCAAAAGGUCCAGACUAUGAGAUUCCGGCGUGUUUGUGCUCAGUCCUCAGCUGGAAAUACAGUCAAGAGUUUAGCAAAAACAUGUUUGGUGUGAUGGCAGGGAAGACAACUGUUAGUCAGGUUGUGUUGCCCUAUGACUUGACAUUGGCUCGUCGGCUUCCAUCGGCUCGCGACAAUUCCAGCACAAAACGGAACGCAUUGGACUUGACGGCAGUGGCGGGCAUGGCACCAAUGUUGGACGGCAAGGCUCUCAAGAGCGUCGAAAUCCCGGGUGAAAAUUGGGAACUGAAUGCCUUUUUAGAAGUUGUCCGCAGAAUCGUUUCAAACAAGAGCAUCCAGACUGUUGUUCUUGGUUUCCCAGAGCUUUCCCACGAUCAACUGGGGGAUUCAUUGUGCUUCAACACAGAAACUUGGAAGCGGAUGUUGUCCCAGUGGAAGCCAGUAUUCCUGGUGCUGAACUUUGCUCGGUGUCCAAACAGUCCCUUGGCGGUCAGCUUCUUGGAACAAUGCCUGAAGUCGAUGCCUCGUCUUGAAGGUUUGGAUUUGGGGUUUGACACGGAUGUUGAUGCUGCUGUACCCACAAUCUGCCGGUGCCUUCGUGACGAUGCUUCAAUAACGAUUUUAUCUUUGGUCGUAAGGAGCGACACGACAGCCAAGGGUCUGGAUCCAAUCCUAAAAGCACUGGACACCUGCCGAAUCUCCGGGUUUGGAUGUGCUAUAGAAGAGAAUCAUCCAGACAAGUGUAAGGGAUACCAUGAAAUUCUGCUGAACAUUCUCCAGAAUAAUACAAGACUUGAAUAUGUCGAUUUUCGUGAUUGCCUCACUGAUGACAAUCCAAAUGGCGACAACUGCCUCAAAGUGGGUCCGAGUCAAGACUUGCUGCCCUUUUACACUGCACUCAAUGCGUGUGGUCGGGAAUAUGCUCGGAGUCAAGAAGCUGUCAAUGCCCACUUUUUAGAUCUGCUAGAGAUGGUUCAAAUGUCUGAAUUGUGCCUUCACGCGGAUCCAGUCCCAGCCGGUCCCCAAGACGCUGAACUGAUGUUUGGGCAAAGCGUGCGCAAACGACCAGCCACAGAGGAGGACAGAUUCAACAUUCUUUAUGGGCUUCUCCGUGAAAAUCCAGCCAAAUGGAGUCAAUCGCCCAACACUUCUCAGCGUGCUAGCAGAAAGAGUGCUCGUUGUGGAAGCAAACGCAAGCAUAGUGCCUUGUCAUGA